CAACAACUUCUAUAUUCAAUGGAGUCGUACGUGAUAAGGGAAGCAUUCUGAAAUCUAAACUUUAUCCUCCGCCCGAAGCAUUUUGAUUUCAUAUUUGACAAGUAGAGCACAAUGGAACAAAAACAAUACUAUUAGACUGCUAAAAUACGAACAUGACAAUGGGCUUGGUAACACUUCGUCGCUUUAUCAGCUGAGAUAGAAGACAGUCACUUUGGAAUCGAAUGUGGAAUCCUGGACUGUUCGAGUACCGAUGGUCGAAUGCAUAGCAUUCCAUCAAUCGUUUGAGUGCGACAAACGUGAUGAGAAAACUUCAUGCGAUUAAACUUUUCUUCCAAAUUUAUUCACAUUGUCUUCUGGCGAGUCAAAAACUCGACUCGUAUAGCAGCAGGAGAAAUCUAAAUGCUAGCAUGAAGUCUGAUCGGCAUUCAAAUUUUCUCGCAGCAACUUUGAGUGAAUACAGGUUCUACGUCUGCUUUCUCGUUUCUUGCUCUAUUAUGAUCAUCUCUCAAGACAACAAAAAGGCAACUCAGUUGUAGGCGUCAUCGAUAAAUCCAGAAAAUUUCGACUACCAGCAAUCAUAUUC